UCCUGAUUUACUAUUUUUCCUUGAAAUAUAAAACCAUCGGCCAAAUAGUCCCCUUCUCUUCUUCUCCCGAUCUCUCAAUCUCGACCGAAACCCUAGCGAUACAGUGACGACUAGAGCUGGCCGGGAAGGUAUAGAAGGAAUCUUAGCGUACAAAGCAUUCAGAAACUCUCAUAUUUCUCCUCCUUUUGCUUCGCUCCUAAUCGAAACCAUUAAGGAUUCACUAAAUCCGAUAUUUAUCGCAAAACGGAGAAGGAACGGGAUUUAAGAUAGUGUAGCGCUUUGUCAGGAUCUCAUGGGGGACAUGAAUAUGGAGGAGAUGUCCCUCCCGGCGCUUUUCGAGCUCGCCAGAAAAAUAUAUACCGCGGCUUCCGAUUCUUCUGUGGAUCAGGAACAACUGAGAAAGGGAAUUGAGGCGCUGCGUAGUUGUGAUGAGAUGGUGAGCAAGCUCGGGCUGUUUUCGUCUAACGAGACCGUGGAUGAUGUUAGCACCACGAAUUUGAAAUAUAUAUUGGUCCCUUUUUAUCUCGGAGAGUUGACAGAAAAACUUGCAAAAGAUGACAGGAUUGAGAUUAUUAGGAGGUCUUAUGCUCAGUUCAAGGAAUUUAUUUCAAUCUGUGAGGCCCUUGAACUUGUGCCUGAAGAGGAGAUUGUAUCUUCUAAGACAGGCAGUACGGAUUUGGCAGCGGCAAGGGCCAAAAAGAUUGCUCGUUUCAAGCGUCAGAAAGCUGCUGAUGCAAAACUUCAAGAAAUCAAAGAAAGGAAGGAGAGACGAGGAAGGUCAUUGAGAGCUUCAGCUCUUUCCACCCCUAUCGAGGCAGGGGAGGAAGAUUUACUUGAUGAUGACGGUGAAGAAAGAGAGGCUUGGCUAGCCACCAUUUCCUUGGCUAUUUGCAAGGCUUUUGAUCUACUUGACAUGCUGAAGAAAGAGGAAGAAAUGCUAGUCGCCGUGAAGGAGCGCAGUUCACAGGAAGGUAACGAUGAUUUUGCUCGUGAAGUACUGGACGAGCGCACCCAAAAAGCCGAAAUGUGGCACAAAACUGCUGCGAGCAGAGCGCCUUUUCUGAAACCUUCUCAACCUAUCACCUGUGCAACUUUUGCACAAGAUGUUAUUGAAGGGAGAGCAAAGGCCUCAGAAGCACAUGAGCACAAACACCAUCCUUUGAUAUUUGGGCCUGCAAGUUUAAUUGGUGGAAAAUUAACUAGCGAGAGAGAGAGAAUGGCAGCACAAGUCUUCCAGCCUGGUUACAGGUUGCCCAGCAUGAGCAUAGAAGAAGCUGGUUUGAGAGAAAUGGAGAUUAUGAACAAGUGGCAGGAAAGGAAUACAAAGCUCAUGGAGGAGGCCAACUCUUCCUGGCACAAGGAUGGGUCUCGUCGAGAAGACGAGGACGAGGAGGAUGAUGAUGAGGCUCAGGAGAAGGCGCGAGCUUGGGAUGAUUGGAAGGAUGAUCACCCUCGAGGUGCCGGAAACAAGAAGCUUACUCCAUGUGGGUAAAAAAUAGAGUUCUGUGAGCUUGCUCUGUAAGUAUUAUUUGUCUACAGUUAUGUUACAACUAUGGUCUGGAUAAACUAUUUGGCCCUAAUUUAUUUGUCGUGGCUGUUAUGUUGAUAGAGAGCAUUUUGAUAUUCGAGUAAAGUUAGCUUUAUAAUAAUUUUAUUUCAUCAGAUAUGUGGACUAGUUAUGUAAAGUGUAUUGUCAAAACCCCCAUAAUGCAAUUUUUUUUUUUUUU